AUGGCCGACGACAAGCCAGUCAAGAACGCCUCCGGGCGAUAUGACAAUGUGGACUUCCGCAAGGCUGCUGGGUUCAAAUACCCUCCCAUCAAGUGCAGCUACAACCGCAGAGACGUGCUGCUCUUUGCCAAUGCCAUCGGUGUGAAGCAGGACGAACGCCAUUUCCUGUACGAGCUUCACCCCAAGUUCUCCGUCUUUCCCACAUUCCCCAUCAAUCUCGCCUUCAAGCAGACGGACCAGGACGUGUUCGACUUCAUCUCACGCACCACGGGCACCCAUGUCCCCGGGACACCGCCAUUCGAUGCCCAGCGCUCGGUCGACGGCGAGAGGGGCAUCGAGAUCUUCAAGGAGCUCCCCGUCAGCUCCAGCGGCCUGGACCUGGAGAUCCAGGGCAAGGUCAUCGGCGUCUACGACAAGGGCGGUGCCAUGAUCCUCGAGGCCGAAUACGACCUCGUCGAUAUCAAGACGAACACCGUCUACUGCCGCAUGACCAACACCGCCUUUGGCAUGGGACAGGGUGGCUACAACGGGCCUCGAGGACCGUCCAAGAAGCCUGUCAGCCCGCCUUCGCACGAGCCAGACGCCGUCUAUUCCUACGCCACCACCCCGGAGGUCGCGCUGCUUUAUCGUCUCUGCGGGGACUACAAUCCCAUGCACGCUGAUGAUGAGUUCGGUCGUCGUGGUGGGUUCAAGGGUGCCAUUCUCCAGGGACUCGGUACAUGGAAUAUUGCCGCGCACGGCGUUUUGAGAGAGCUUGGCGGCGCUGAGCCCGGUAGGCUGAAGAAGUUUGGCGCCAGGUUCAAGAACGUGGUGUAUCCUGGGGACGAGCUGGUGACCAAGAUGUGGGUUGUGGGAACUUCCGGAGGUGAGUUGGACGUUAUUUUCGAGACGGUGGUCAAGGGUGAUGGGCGGGUAGCACUGUCAAAUGGCUAUGCGAAGAUAGCAAAAGACGCAAGCAAGCUGUAA